AUGGCGGCUGCGGUAGCUGCAGCAGUGGGUGACAUACCCGUACCGGUGGCCAUGGCCUUUGAAGAGAAGCAAGCUCACGAGCAGGAGGUUAAAGAAAUCCAAGGUGCCCUCCUCGUGUGCGCUGGGCCUCCCCAAGGCAUGCUUCCGGUGCUCUCUUCCUCGAGCGACACCGUGCGAGCUUGCAGCCUGCUGAGCCAUGCUGCCGUCUCUAGGCUGGAUCCUUCUCUGGCCGCUCUGCGCGCUCUGCCGCCUCAGCGCCCACAGCGGACUCGAGUCACCGGGACAGAGGAUGGCUUCGAAGUUGUCAUUGACCAGCUCACUCUGCCACCGUACUGGGCAACCAGGGAUGGUGUCCACAUCUUCCCUGACCCGAACCGCAUCGCAGAGGUACAGCAGCUGAUGACAGACACAUGGCGCACCCGAUUCACGAGGGACCGCUGGUUGGUGGGGGGUGCUGAGCGAGUACCGCUGGGCUGUCGCGUAGCGAACGUGUUGAGGGUGGAGAACCACCGGGCAUACACAAGGUACAUGAACUACAAGGACGGUCUCCGCGUGAAGCGGCCCGGCCCUUGCAUGCCCUUCCGUACUCAGACCAGCGACAGGAUCAACCUGUUGGAUGACGAUGUCAACGAGCGCUACCUCUUCCAUGGCACCAACCCAGAGUCAGCUCAGUCUAUCGCACGGGAUCUCUUCAAGAUAGAUCGUGCGGGAAGCUGUGCGGGCAGCAUGUUUGGGCGAGGCAUCUACCUCGCCGAGAAUGCCAGCAAGAGCGAUGAGUAUGCCAAGGAAGGUGCUGGGGUGUACUUGGGUCUUUGUGCCAUGCUCCUCUGCCGGGGUGCAAUGGGAGAAGUCCUAACAGUGUCGGAGGCGGGCGAUAUGCAGGAGAAGGUACGAGCGGGCGGCUACGACUCCGUGUGUGGGGAUCGCCUGGCUGCCGCGGGGACCUUCCGCGAGAUGGUCUUCUUCAACGAGGAGGCCGUGUACGCUGAGUUCAUUGUGAUCUACACCCGUAUUUAUGAAUGA